AUGGCGGGUCAGACAGCUGUGCUCAAUUUUCGGGGUAUGCUGGAGGAGGGCAUGGAAGACCAGGAGCAGGAGGAGGAGCCCGUGAUUCCACUCCAGGCCCAGAGAGCCCCACGAGAAAACAAGAAAUGUUCAGGCUGCCAUGACGUGAAGCCCAUCGCCGAGUUCCACAAGAGCAAACGGCGAUUCGACGGAUACCAGGCGUACUGCAAGCCAUGCUGCCAGAAGCUGCACACGACAUGGCGCGACUCGCGGCCCGCGGUGGCGCCGUGUGUGACGCGUAAGUUCUGCGGCGGCUGCAAGCUGGAGAAGGCUGCCAGCGAGUUCCACAAGGACCGCAAGCGCACGGACGGGCUGCAGUGCCAGUGCAAGGCUUGCACUACUCUGCUGCACAAGAAGUGGCGUGACGAGCGCAAGAGAGCCGACCGACCGGUGGCGGAGCGCAAGGCGUGCAGAGCAUGCGCUGAGACAAAGCCGGCCGAGGAGUUUGGCCGCGAUGCGCGCGCGGCCGACGGGCUGCAAUCGCGCUGCAAGGUGUGCAACACGCAGUACUUCAAUCUUUGGGCGGCGCAGCGGCGGCUGGCUAAGAACCCGGGCAUCGCGCGGAGGAAGACUUGCGGCAUCUGCGGCGAAGAGAAGCUUGCAGAGGAGUUCCGGCUGGCGAGGGAGGGAACAUCGGAGGACAGACUGGUGGCCAAUUGCAAGGACUGCACCAACGCCAAACGGCCCCGCGACAGCAGCGACAGCGAAGCAGAGCCGGCGCAACAGCAGCGGCGUCCAGGAGUCUUACAGCUGAGGCCGGCCGCCGCACCGACAACGGUGGUCCGGGCGCGCGCGCGGCCGGUUGCGGCUGCAGCGCGGCCGGCGCGGCGGGGCAGCGGGGGCAUUCCUGUCAGCCCGGCUGGCCGGGGCGCGGCCUUUUCUGGUGCGGCGGCCGGCAGCGGAGGAUCUGAUGAGCCGCCGCCGGCUGACAGCCCCCUCUUCGGCAGCCUCCAGGAACAAGUGAUGGGGAGCGAUGAGCCCUGGCAGCAAGCUCUCAACCUUUCACUGGACUUCUCCACCGGCCUUUAA